UAUAGUCGGAGCACGUCUCUGGAGCAGCUGAUCCGGAGGAACGUGUAUUAGUCCUACUGUAGGAUUGAUUAUAUUAUACUUCGGCGUAUAUGACACAUUGCAGCUAGCACUAUCAUGUCAAAUGAACGAGUUACUCAGAAAAUUGAAUCACGAAUCUCGAGUCAGUAAAAAGAACGAAUCGGUCGCUAACCGCAUGUCAAUAGUGCGCAGCCUGACAAAAUCGCUCAUGUAGAAUACCAUAUGUCCUUCCUCGGACACCGUAACUGCAGUGUAUGUUAUUAUUUCUUGACACGUGUUGUAAGCGAUUAAUCAGUAGCGACAGUUCAUAUUUAUUUUCAGAAACCAGCAACACACCACGCAAAGGUAUUACACUAGGCAAAUAUUUCUGUCUUGCACGUUCUGGCUAACUGGCUAGCAUUGCUGUUUUCAGUAGUAACUUGUCCGCGCGUAACACUCUGGCGCUAACUAGCCACGGUAGCAGUUCACUAGCUAGCUUUCCAGUUUGUGUUACGUGUAGGUGGUUGUCAUCGACCUUCCAGCAAGUUUGAAGCCAUGAGUGACAGCGACGACGAAAUCCCUCAGCUGUCCGCGGCCACCCUUGCUGCCCUGCAGGAGUUUUACAGAGAGGAGAGAGACUGGUUUGUGCAGAGCACAGCACCGGUGGACAAGUACUCGGUGGGGGCGGUGGAAGAGGACUGGCGUAUGAGCCAAUUCUGGUACAGCGAUGAGACCGCAACACGGCUAGUUGAAGAGGUUAUUCAGGAAGCUGGGAAAGGUGGCAGGAUAGCCUGUCUGAGCGCACCCAGUGUGUACCAGAAGCUGAAGCAGGGGGUGGUGGAGGGCUCUGACGGUGUGUCGGCUGUGGUUCUAGAGUAUGACCGCCGUUUCGCCACCUACGGCCAAGAGUUCAUCUUCUAUGACUACAACGAGCCUCUUGCUCUCCCAGAGGAUGUGGCCCCACAGAGUUUCGACGUUGUCCUAGCUGACCCCCCCUACCUGUCUGAGGAGUGCCUCAAUAAGGUCGCCCAGACUGUGAAGUACCUGGCCAAGGGCAAGGUGCUGCUCUGCACAGGAGCCAUCAUGGAGGAGCAUGCAGAGAAGUUGAUGGGUCUGAAGAUAUGCAGCUUCCUGCCCAAACACAACAAAAACCUGGCCAACGAGUUCCGCUGUUUCACUAACUACCCCUCAAACCUCAUGUCCUGAGGCUUCUCAACCCUUCAUGUAUGGCCUUAUUGACUUUUGAUGUCCGACGUCCAUCAAUGCCUCAGUUCUGACUUGUCCGAUGUCUGUGAUAGUCGCAAGGAAGGCCCAUCUUGUUGGGCAAUUUCCAUUGCCUGUCCUUUUAGACAAGGUUUCAUUUUGGGGACUAAUGGUAUCAGACUCUGGAGAUUGUUUUUAAAAUGAUUUCUUAUAACAUAAUUAUGAAGUGAAUAAUGGUAUUCAUAUGACUUCAGUGUAAAUAAUAUUUCAUAUACACAGCAAAUAAAUAUGUCUAAACUGUUGUAAAAA